AUGGCGGACAGGCAAUACUUUACGAUGCCUCACAUCAGGAACGACCCUUUACCGCCUGGCUGGGAGAUGCGUAUGGAUGGCGCUUCAGGCUUGCCAUAUUUUAUUGACCACAACAGCAAAAAUACAACAUGGAACGACCCGCGUGUUGUGAUGGACCCGUACCAGUACACCUACCCAAGCUACAGAUUUGGUGCACCUGCUGGCAGGGUAGUCGAGGUACCCGUCAAGUUUGAAGGCUGGAAUGAAGCCCAACAUCCCUCACAGAAUACAGCACAGAAUGCUAACUACCCCCAUCCCAAUCAACAUCCUGGUGCUCCACCACCCCAGUCGCACAAUGCACAGCAGGAGUCUGCACACCAGCAGCAGCAGCCUGGACCAAGAAGGCGAGGAGAUGUUUGGGAAAUUCCUAUUCAGUAUGUCAGCCAAGGGGGUGGUGCGCAGUCAUCUAAUCAAGGCCCACAGCUAGCAUAUCCGCAGCCACAAGCUUCUCACCAUCACCAGAGCACUCCUCUUGUCUACCCACAUUCAGCGCAAUCCCAUCAAGCCCCUUUUGGUCACCAACAGCAAUCGCAACCUCACCAGCAAGCCCCUUUUGGUCACCCACAGCAACCGCAACCCCACCAGCAAGCCCCUCAGAACGUCUACCCCCAGUACCCUCCGCCAGCGUCUGCAGAUUACAGUACUCUUCGCCAGCCUGGUGGGCCCAGCCAUCCGCAUCAAGGUCCGUCUAGGGGUCCUGUCACAAUCCCCAUCAUUCGUGAGACAGCAUGUCCAGUGCCGGCCAGGGCUAGCCCAACCCCCAUGGCAGGCAUGCAGGGAAGCCCCCGUGCAAGCCCGAAGCCCGACUUCUCGCAGGCAGUUCCACCGUCAGCCCAACCACAGCCACCCCAGUUUCAGAAUAAUCGCCAGCAGGAGCCACCUCCAGAUUACAAUGAUCCCUCAUAUUCGGCACAGCCGUCACAACCAGUGCCCGUUCCAGCGCCAGAGCGACAGCAGCCGGAGGAGCCACCACCACAACAUGCUGAACCACAAAAGAGCCAAGAGGAAAGAGCUUUUGAGAUCAUCAAUGGAGUUAUGAGCGAGGUGAAAAGUCUCGAAGAGCAGGUGAACAACUUCCGAGGAGUGAAAAAGGAUAAAGAAUACAGAUACAUAGAAGAAAUGCUAACCCGGAGCUUGCUUAAACUGGAUAUUGUGGAUGCAGGAUCAAAUGAGAAUAUCCGACAAGCAAGGAAACAAGCGGUCAGAUACAUAGAAGCUGCUAUAGAUUUACUAGAGCUGAAGGCUGUUGCUUCUGAAGCUAACUAUGACCCAAGCAAUGCUCCAGACCCAUCUCAGAAUCCCAGUGGGACAAAUUCAAACAAUUCAACAGGAAACCCCACUCCUACGGGUGGGCAGACCACACAUUCAGGAGCCUCCCAGACAAAAGAACCUACCAGAGAUCUAACCAGGGUUAAAGAGAUGCAGUUGGAUAGUGAAAUUCCUUGCUGA